CCCCAGGAAAGCGCCUAGUUAUCGAUCUGUCGACGCUUACGUGAAUAUAAGGCAAAAUAUAUUUUAUCACGACAGAUUAUAUGCGUCUGAAUUUGCGCUAAUCAUUUUUGCCGGAGCACUGACCAAUACCCAGUGCAGCAGUGGCAGAUAAGCCGGCAACCACUGGAGGAGUCAUCGAGAGCUCGCGGGGAUUGUAGUUGGCUGUUAACACGCAGGUGAUAAGCAAGUCAUAUUUUCAGUGGGAACCAAGUGUCUAGUGAAUGAUAAAGAAUUCAAUACUCGGAAUAACAACUGCCUUGGGAGAACAUUCAUCGGUCAUUGGAGACGAUUAAUUACGCAGAAUUCAGAAUUUAAUGUACUGAAGAUCUGUACGAUGAGCAUCAGAGCACUGCCCGCGGAGUUGAAAAAAGUAGCGAAGAAGGAGCUCAAGGAGGAUGAGAAGCGCAUUGUUGAGCACGUGAAAUAUAUCACGGAGUGGCUGGAGAAGCAGCCGCAUAUUAAUGCGAGGACGGAUCCUCAGUGGCUUGUGGCUUUCCUCCGGGGGUGCAAGUACAGUUUGGAGAGGACCAAGGAGAAGCUGGACUCGUUUUAUACUGUCAGGACGCAUCUGCCGGAGAUAUUUUUGAAGAGGGAUCUAGAGGAGACGAUGAUCCAGGAGGUUCUCGAUUUGGGAAUUUAUUUGCCACUGCCCGAGCCCGUAAGCGCGGAUGGACCCCGUGUGAUUCUGAUGCGACCGUGUCAGUUCGACGCCAAAAAAUACACAUACUCCGACAUCCUCAAGGUUUCCUUCAUGAUCAUGGAUUUUCUACUCCUCAAGGACGAUCGGCUCAAUGUUGCAGGUCAGAUUAGCGUUCUAGAUCUAACUGGGAGUAAGCUCGAGCACGCGAGCCAGUUCACACCGUCACUGGUGAAGAAAACUGUGAUGGCCUUUCAGGAUGGCUAUCCGAUGAAAACAAAGAGUUUGCAUUUUGUCAAUCCUCCACCGACGUUCGAUGUACUCUUCUCUGUAUUCAAAAAUUUCAUGAACAAAAAAUUGAAGGAUAGGAUAAUGGUUCACAAGGACCCAGAAGAUGUUUUCGACUACAUUCCGAGGGAGGUUUUACCAUCGGAUUACGGUGGCCAGGCUCCGUCGAUAGCCGCUUUAACGCACCAAUGGAAGAACGCAGUUCUCGAGCACCGCGACUGGUACCAAGAGGACUCAAAGCACCGCGUAGACGAGUCAAAACGCCCAGACAAGGCGAUAACAUCCCUCGACCUCUUCGGCAUGGAAGGCAGCUUCAAGAAGCUGGAAUUCGAUUAAACUUCAAAUUACCAUUCCCAUCGAAACAACUCACGAUCACCCACCCCUCCCUCCAUCAUUCACACGCGCAAAGUACAUCAUACUGCCAACAAACAUGUGUCGCAGUCAAAACUCGUCGUUGAUCUCGUCAACAUUGCGUAAAGGACGAAUUACAUCGACUACUUUAGCACGCCCACCACGCAGUACACAGCGUUACCUUUUCUUCUCCGGGAAACUUCAGCCCCGAAGAACGAAAGCUUGUGGGGAAGCUUGUAGAAGCGGGUGUGUCGCGCGUCGUCGGCAAGAUAUUAUUAAGGACGUGCUUGGAAUCACCUAUCAUAUAAUAACAUUAUCGUGUCGUUCCGCACGACACGAUCCCGAGGACGACGAGUGGACGGGCAUUAAAAUGAGGUGGAAUCCUCGUGAAAACGAGUACGUGGGUAAAUUUUCACCACCUUGAUAAUAUCAAUAUUGUUCGGGUGAUGAUAUUGGGGGGUGGAAUUAUUCAUUCAGAAUUUAAUCGUUCGGUCAUUCUCGUCAAUGCGAUUUUUCUCGGCGAAAAAAUGGUCCUGCGGAGGGAAAAAAUCAAUUCGAGGGGGUCGUUCCGAGGAUUUUUGCAGCACUGGUGGUUGGAUAGGAAGAAACCCUUCGGAGAUGGCGGCGCUAGUUCGGGAGGGCUGCAACAGGUGUCUGGGGUCGUCGCUUCGUCCAAUUUUCUUGAUUAUUUGAACUGUGUGUGAACUUUAUGCGAUAGAAAAAUUUGUUCUGACGAGGGAUUAUGGGGUCCUCUGGUGAGAUCUUCUGGAGUGUUGAAUCAAUUUACUUGUGGAAUAAAGAAAGUUUACACUGGAA